UUGCAUCAGACAAACCUCCCAGCUUGGACCGCCUCCCCCUCUGCCUCUGCUUGUCCUCGGGAGCGGGGCACAGGUGUUCACUUCGCCACCGCGCUGCUGCAGCUGCUCCCGGCAGAGCCUCGGACCUGCGAGCCGCCGGCACCCAAGAUCCUGCAAAAAUGCUGUGGACAGCGCAUCAGCUGUUGAGGAAAUUCUCCACCACGGCCACAGCUUAUCAACGUAAGCUAAAGCUAGCUCUGAUAGGUCAGAGUGUUUUUGGUCAAGAGGUCUACAGACACCUGCAGAAAGAGGGACAUAGAGUCGUGGGAGUGUUCACCAUUCCAGAUGUGAAUGGAAAAGCUGACCCUUUGGCACUGGCAGCAGAGAAAGAUGGCACCCCUGUUUUUAAGUUCCCCAGAUGGAGAGUUAAGGGCAAGCCUAUCCAGGAAGUAGUUGAAGCCUACAAAUCAGUUGGAGCAGAUCUAAAUGUACUUCCAUUCUGUACGCAGUUCAUCCCCAUGGAUGUUAUUGACAGUCCUAAGCAUGGAUCAAUUAUCUACCAUCCAUCCAUCCUUCCCCGCCACAGAGGAGCUUCAGCUAUCAAUUGGACUUUAAUUGAAGGAGAUAAAAAAGCAGGGCUUACUAUUUUCUGGGCUGAUGAUGGUCUGGACACUGGACCAAUUCUUCUGCAGCGGGAAUGUGAUGUAGGACGGAACGAUACUGUGGAUGACUUAUAUAAUCAUUUUCUUUUCCCAGAAGGCAUAAAAGCUAUGGUAGAAGCUGUCCAGCUAAUUGCUGAUGGUAAAGCUCCUCAGAUACCUCAGCCUGAAGAAGGGGCAACGUAUGAAGGGAUCCAGAAGAAGGAAAAUGCAGAGAUUUCUUGGGACAAGCCUGCAGAAGCUUUGCAUAACUGGAUCCGAGGGCAUGAUAAAGUACCUGGAGCUUGGACAAUGAUUGAUGGCCAGAUGGUUACUUUCUAUGGGUCAUCAUUACUUGAUGGGUCAGUGCCUCCUGGACAACCGUUGGCAAUAAAAGGCACUCCAAAACCUGGGCUUAUAACCAAAAAUGGCCUAGUUCUUUUUGGUAAUGAUGGAAAGAUGUUGUUGGUGAGAAAUCUACAAUUUGAGGAUGGAAAAAUGAUCCCUGCAUCUAAAUACUUUUCAUCUGAUGAGAUGUCUGUAUUAGAACUUACAGAAGAGGAGAAAAAGAUGGCGGAAGAUAUCAAGACCAUUUGGAAGGGAAUUUUGAGCAAUGUUGCUGCAAUUGAGGAUUCUACAGACUUCUUCAAAUCUGGAGCAUCCUCGAUGCAUGUUGUCAGAAUGAUUGAAGAGAUCAAACAAAAAUAUGGUGGACUUCAGCUGCAGAAUGAAGAUGUGUAUAUGGCCACUAAGUUUGCAGACUUUAUUCAGAUGGCUGUGAGGAAACUGAGGGGAGAGGACGAAGAAGAAUUAGUCAUAGAUUAUGUUUCAAAAAAUGUUAACAAUAUGACUGUGAAGAUGCCUUACCAGUGUUUUAUAAAUGGACAGUUUUUGAAUGCUGAAGAGGGAAAAACAUAUGACACUAUAAACCCAACAGAUGGAUCAAUAAUAGCAAAGGUGUCUUAUGCUUCAGUGGCUGAUGUUGACAAGGCAGUAGCAGCAGCAAAAGAUGCAUUUGAAAAUGGUGAAUGGGCAAGAAUGAAUGCAAGGGAAAGAGGGAGAUUAAUGUACAGACUUGCUGACCUGAUGGAAGAACACCAAGAGGAAUUAGCAACAAUUGAGGCCAUUGACUCAGGAGCUGUCUACACUUUAGCUUUGAAGACCCAUGUAGGAAUGUCUGUGCAAACUUUCAGAUACUUUGCUGGAUGGUGUGACAAAAUUCAGGGUUCUACAAUCCCAAUUAGCCAGGCCCGCCCAAACCAUAACCUAACAUUCACCAAGAAGGAACCCAUAGGAGUCUGUGCAAUUGUUAUCCCUUGGAAUUACCCACUGAUGAUGCUUGCAUGGAAGAGUGCAGCAUGCUUGGCUGCAGGCAACACGUUAGUUCUCAAACCAGCACAGGUCACUCCUUUGACUGCCUUAAAGUUUGCAGAGCUCUCCGCUAAAGCAGGAUUUCCCAAAGGCGUUUUAAAUAUUCUACCUGGUUCAGGUGGUUUAGUGGGACAGCACAUGUCUGAACACCCAGAUAUCCGCAAACUUGGAUUUACUGGUUCAACUCUUAUUGGUAAACAGAUCAUGAAGAGCUGUGCAGUCAGUAAUCUGAAGAAAGUCUCCCUUGAACUUGGUGGUAAAUCCCCACUGAUCAUUUUUGAGGACUGUGAACUUGACAAAGCUGUGAGAAUGGGCAUGGGAGCAGUAUACUUCAACAAGGGAGAAAACUGCAUUGCAGCUGGAAGACUGUUUGUGGAAGAAUCAAUUCAUGAUGAGUUUGUUAGGAGAGUGGUGGAAGAAAUAAAAAAGAUGAAAAUUGGUGACCCGCUCGAUAGAGCCACAGAUCAUGGUCCACAGAAUCAUAAGGCUCAUCUGGAAAAGCUGCUAGAAUAUUGUGAAAUUGGAGUGAAAGAAGGAGCAACAUUAGUGUACGGAGGAAGACAAGUAUGUAGACCAGGUUUCUUCAUGGAACCCACUGUAUUUACAGAUGUUGAAGACCAUAUGUACCUUGCCAAGGAAGAAUCCUUUGGUCCUGUUAUGGUAAUUUCAAAGUUUAAGAAUGGGGAUGUCGAUGGAGUGUUAAAACGCGCAAACAGCACAGAAUAUGGCUUAGCUUCAGGGGUUUUCACAAGAGACCUAAGCAAAGCUCUGUAUGUUAGUGAAAAUCUAGAAGCAGGAACAGUUUUCAUUAACACAUAUAACAAAACUGAUGUGGCAGCACCAUUUGGUGGAUUCAAACAAUCUGGCUUCGGAAAAGAUUUAGGUGAAGAAGCUCUUCAUGAGUACCUCAGAACUAAAGCUGUAACUGUGGAGUAUUAAAGAAACCGCUCAGCCUGACUGCCAAAGCAGCCCCCUUGCUGACAGCCUCAAUUUUAAGUACUCUGUUAAGCACUUAAUACAAUGCCCAGGAUAUACUUUCUGUAGUACCACUAACAAAAAGCAAGUAGU